AUGGCCGAGCAGCGCCCGCUGCGCCCGCUCUACUUCCCCUGCUUCCACGAGCGCCCCGAGCCCCUCCCUCGCCCCGCCGGCGCCGCCCCGCUGCCCUUCGCUCCCCGGCUGUGCUGGCCGCGCCCCGUCCCGCUGAGCUGGCCCCCGGGGCUGGCGCCCAUCGCCUACGAGCCGCUGCGCUUCUUCUGCCCGGCCGAGAAGGAGGAGGAGGGGGGAGCGGCGAGGAGGCUGCCCGGGGAGCAGCUGAACGGCGACAUCUGCGAGCAGCUGGAGAGCGACAUCUGCGAGCUGGGCAUCCGCCUCAAGGAGCUGGAGCUGCUGUCGCCGAUGGGAGAGCGCUUCGACGCCCAGUUGUAUAAACUUCUGGAGGCACAGAGAGAUGCAAAGAUACAAGUUUUGAAAGAAAGGCAGAAGUCACUAACACGAUGAGGAUUACUUCCAGCUGGAUAUUCUGUCAUUAUAUCACUAUAGAGUAUUCUAGUGGAUCUUCAAUAUCAUUUUUCUACUUAUUAUAUGCCAUUCUCCUACCAAAUUAAAAAAUAUAGUAUAUUUUCUUGACUUUUUUGGUGUAUAUUUGUCUGGUUUUAUUCACUGAUAACACUACUAUGUAUUUUAAUGUUUUUUUCUCCAAUUACUAUAGGAAAACUGGAUAGAUAAUAUUUUCUUCAAAACCACAAAGAAAUCAACACUGCUGCUGUCAGGAUUCCUAGUGAUCCAUUGACGAUAUUCAAGAUACAUGUAGCAGGAAAACACAGUAAUUCCAAUACUAAAUACAAAGGGCUUCUUUUAAUUCUAGGUACAUAAAGUAAGGGCAACUCAGAGUAAAUAGAUGUGGUCGAAAGUCCUGUACCUCUAAGCAAGCUUUAGAAAACUACUGUCAUAUCAGUAUAAAAAUAUUUGUUACAAUCACAGUGUAGUCUUUUAUUGUCUUUAGUGUACCAGAAAAUUACAAAAGUUAUGGCUUGAGUUAAUUUUUAACAGAAUAUUCAUAUAACAUUGACUUUUAACUAACAUUGCAUUAUUAUUUUAGGACUAAUAGUGCUCAGGCUAAAGCCCGUGGCAGUUUUUGGAGUGACAACAUCCUUACAUUAGGAAAGCCUGCCCUUUCAUGAGGAAAAAAUGGACAGAAGCAGGGAUGACAGAUUGAAGAUCUGGAUAACAUCUGUCAUUAAAAAGUCAUGCCAUAUAUGGCAUCGAGAAAACCUACCAAAGUAGUAAGUAGGCUCAUCAGACCAAUAAGAUACCAAUUUUUCCUGUUCUAAUUCAAGAGCAGUAGGCAGCAGCACGAAAUAAUAAAGUUAACAACCCUGAAGCUAUCAUACUUUGGUAAGCAGCCUUUUUUCUUUUAAAAAAGAGUAAUAUUUUAAACUUCUUUUUUUAAACUGCAUUCAGGUUGCUCCACUGUGAAACUUCUUAACACAAUAUGAUAUCGACAUUUUAUUUCUUAUUACUGCUUAUUACAGCAUUCAGUCUUUUACUAUCUUCAUCAUUCCAGACAGAUUUUGAUCUACCCUACACAGUUUAUAUUAAAAAAAAACUCUAGUAUGUAACUCCUGUCUUUCAAUCAGCAAACUAUAAUACUCACAUUUUAUCAGAGCAGUUGGGAGAUCUCACCAUCAACAAUUUCCAUUGUUGGGUGUCUCCAUCAAUAUAGCAGUUUCCAGUGGGGUGUGUCCACCAAUACAGCAAUCAUGGUUUCAUCUGCUAAUCAACACUGUUUUUAAUGAAACAAAGCCUGGGCAGGGUCCAGAGGACCAUGGUAAGGCUAGGUUUCGUCCAACAUUGGUGUUCCUCAGGCAGGGCAAGGUGAGAGACCAAGCCCAAGCCCCAUGUGGGAAGCCCAGGGACAGGACUAGUGACAAUAUUACCUCUACCAAAGGCAAUGGAGGGGCUCACUAAGGCAGCCCUAAAAUGUAGAAGCCCACUCUCAGGCCAGAGAGGGAGCUGGAACCUGAGCUUCAGUGUGGCUGCCAGGCCUACAGAAAGCAGGUGGUGGAUAGCUCAGAGAAGGCUGGUCAGAAUACCUACAGCCUCUGGUGACAGCCACCCACACACUAGGUCAGCCGUACAGGUCAACAAUGGCUGCGGCGAGGUUCACUCUUCAGCCUACAAAUGCAUUAUUCACUCCAGCAUAAACACUUCAGCAUUCAUAAAUCUACUCUUUAGGCCCAUCUUGGCAGCAUUUAAUUGCUGUUUAGCUCUUUAGAGCCUAAUUAGUGACACUGUUUCUGGCCAAACAGUUCUGUUUUUACUAGUUGACAUUUUUUAAGCUCUCUCACUCCAGUCAUCACAAGUUACUACCGAAGUAGGUUUCUUAAAUGAUAUAUACCUGGUGGGGAAAUUCCGACAUAACCACUGGUGAUUUAUCUCUCUUCCCAGCCACAUCUCAGAAGCUGAGACAGCAAAUAUACAAAAGGUAGAUCUAGGUGGCUGAAGAACCAAAUUUUUACCAAUAUACCUUGGAAAUCUGUCCUUCAGUGUUUUAAAGUGAUCGCUGUAGAAUGAGGUUAAAAAGUCUCUCUCACAAAGCUAAAGUUUUGAAGCUACACCUAUGAACAGAUACUGUAAUAGUUAAUUGCUUUGAAAACUAGAACUGUAUUGGUGCUUAAGCUAAAUAUCGCAAGACAAACUUGGACAGGACAAAAAAGAGCCCAUAUACAGGGGCCUUCAAAGGAUUUGUGCAGAAACAAGAGCUUUUAAAUCAAGUUAGGUAGCAGAACAAUUUAACUCCUAGGCCACUCUUAAGUUUCCACAUGGUUAAUAAAAGGGUCUACAAGGAUUUCGAUAGCAUAUGAUCACUGCUUCCUAACUAUUACUACCCACCACCUUUUACCAACUCUUUCACUUUGCAUCCAGUCCACAUCAGACAUUAUUCACACAGGCUUUCUUUGCUUAAACAGAGCUACUUUUCCCACCAUACAGUUUAAGUCUUUUUCCAUCUGUUGUUCAGUUACUGUCAUAUGGCCUUUAUGGUAAAACAGCACUUCAUGCUUAAUUACUGGGUGAUAACACAAGGAAUAACAUCAGUUAAUAAGUAAUCAUUCAAUUAAAGUUGCCUGAGGACAUCUACUGAAAAAAAAUCAUUUGAUUCGCGUGCCAAAACAAGGCAGAAUGGUUUCCCUUGGCCAGUCAGACACAGCACUCUGCUAUCAGGAUGCUUUAGUCCAAGUCCUUUCACUGAAGCAUCUCUUUAUUCCAAAACGAUCGUUAAAGGAUGGUGUCUGUCUUCACUAGAAAGCAAAUUUUGCCUGUGCAUGAAGUAGCACCUACAAACGUAACUUAGAGACUGCAGGGGAAACCUGGAACAUAAAAUGUGUUUGAGAUCAAAAGAAGUUUACUCACAGAAUGUUAGAAUUAAUUGUGUAAUUGCUUAGAGUUUAACAUGAGUGGACAGCAUGGCAUAAGUGAACACCAUGUCAUACUAUGAGUGACUAAGCAGGAGUUAAAAUAGAGAAGUAUUAUAUGUCCUUCACCUCAAGAUAAGAGGAACCAAACUUAAGAUUCAAGAAAAAAAAAGCAGCAGCAGAUGACCAAAACCUUGGUACAGAUAAGCCAGGAGGAUGAACUUAAGUUGAACAUUUACAGAGUUACACAAAAGAAAGCCCCAGGGUCGAGCCAAGUCAGAAGGAAGACAAACCAGCUACAAACCUUAAAGCUAAGAAAAGAAGCAGCAUGCCUGGAAACAGAAAGGAAAACUAAAUAAGGAGCAGGAAGACUGACUACCAGCCCUGAAAAUAUCAUUGGACCAGCUGUUGCAUGGACAGGGCGUGAAGAAUGUGUCCGGGAUGGGAGAAGUGGUUUCUUAGAUUGUAAGGGUAUAAUUGCCAAGAGAGAGGGAUUCUGUUGUUCUGGGUGUGUUCCCCCAGAGGCACACGGCUCAAGCUGUAAUAAACUUACUGUGACACAGCAAGGAAGUAAGGUCUGAAUGCUUCGUUACAGUCAGGGGCUAAGCCUAGAUCCAGCUGCACCUAGAAAGCAAGGGGGUCCACUCUGCACCUUGUGACUCGGUGAAAGGGUCUUUUGGGACUUUCCUAUAACACAAUGAAAUAUUUCUGCCUCUGAAGAAUCACUGCUUGUACUUUCAGUUAGAAAUACUAACGCAUUCAUGUGCACCGGUUUGUCAAGAGAGUAAUAAGUUUGUAUUAAUAGACUGGACAAACAACCAGUUAAUCAUAACGGCACAUACAUUGGUUCUUAUUUUCCCAUGAACGUUGUAUUUACUUUUAUUUUUCUUCUCUGUUUCCACCUGAUCUUGUUAUAUCUCUGCGUCUCUGUAGGCUUAUGGUUUUGGUUUUUUUUCCUUUCAAAUGAGUGCAUCUCAAAACUGUUUAUUGUUUCCUUCACAGAAAACUAAGCAUAUAUUAAACAAAAUAGAAUGAACAUUUUUACUGCAUUAUUUUUAUUCAAAAAGCAUCAUUUUUUAUUUGUUUCUGUUCUUUUAGGCUGUUUAGGGAAUGCUAAACCUGACAUUUAGGUGCUGGUAAUAGCUCAGAUCUCUUUCAUAUAGCUCUCUUGUGACUCAACAAAUCUGUCAUUCAAGGAUGAAACAUUUGGCUACAAUUUUUAUUCAGGGGCAGAGAUCUCGAAACAUCAGUAGGAUGCUCCCAUUUCCAAUUCUUAACAAAGAAGUCUUCUCAAAGGAAGAGUGUCUCCUCUUCUCAGCCAGCCUGAGGGCUGAGCAACGACAGCUGUCACACUCAAAGAGCCACGUCUACACCUACAGGGAUACUCGUGUCCUCACUAGGGAGUGCCCUCAGGUCUUUCACUUCUGAAACCUGAAGCAAUCUUGGCUGCUUUAUGAUGGGAAAAAUUAGAUACAAAGCCAUUUGAAAACAAGAUUGCAUUUAAACUUUAAAGUAUUUUAUUCCAAACAGUCCAUCAAAUUUCAGACUGCUAUAUUUUAGAGUUUGUUACGUUAAAGUUCUCCAAAUAGAUACUAAGCCUUAUUACAAUGGAUCAUUAGAAUGCAAUAUAAUCUUGAAGUAGAGCUGCCUUAAUUAGCUCAGGGACAGAUUACACAGAAAAUUCAAAAGCACUAAGCUAUCAUAAAAUUAUUUUUCUGUUUUCAGCAGUGAAUGCUGCAUGAUAAAUGCACGCCCGGAAAAUUUAUAGCUAAGAUCUCAACAUGAAGUAGGGAAAUCAAGAGCAGCACUUAACUCUGGGAAACUUGUCCUCUUGUUUAUUUGAGCAGUAGUGUUUCUUAGGAUCAUUGACAUCUCAAUACUGACUUCGGUGCCAAACAGGGAGCAGUCAAUAAGUGGUACAUUUUAUGUUUGGACUCAAUGAUCUUAAAGGUGCUUUCCAACUGAAACGAUUCUAUGAUUUGGCCUUUCUAAGGAAACAUAAAAUUAUUAAUAAUGCUUAUCAGUUGUUCAGUGCUUCACACUAAAAAAUACUUUUACAACAUUGGCUGAGAUUUGGGUAUAUCUUGAGAAAAGCCAGAACAACCCCUUGAGGCAAUUUAAGCACUCACAGUCACAACUUAUAUAUAUAUAUAGCUGCAUCUUAAGUAAACCAUCUGUCCAGAACCUUCGUGGUGAUAUGUUCACUAGGAAGUUCAUUUAUGCUGUAUAUUUUGGGAAGAUCCUUUCCUGCUUCUUUUUUUCCCUGAAACUACAGAGGAAGGAAGGGUUAGAUAUCUUCCUUGUAGUAAAAAUUAACUUUUUAUUCCAAAUUUCUUGCAUCACAAAUUACACAAAAGCAGUACUGUCAAAAGCAUCUACCUGCACUUCCCUUUUUCUUUUCAUUUCACUUCAGACUGACAGCAGGAAGCUUAGGCCUAAAUAAAUACCAAUAAAGCCCAGAGUAAGUGUCUGUAUAAUGGGGGAAGGCAUAGAGGACAUUAAGGUAAGAACAAAAAUUCACAAAAGAAACAAAGGAUCGCUAGAUGUCCUCAAAACUCAAAGGUUUCCUGGUUACUGUCCUGCUCACCUCUAAGUUAGGCCAACACCUUUCUUCAGAGGGAACACCAUCACUGGAAUACAUGGAUUUAACUUGUGGAGUUGCUUAAACUCCUUUCCUGUCCUUUGCCAGGUUCUUCCUCAAGAACGUGAGCAGCAGGACCCCCGUACAGCCCAGAAGCCUGGCAGCUCCAAGGGAAAGGCAUGCUCAUUACUUAAAGCAG